UCGUCAGUCUUCAAUCAAUUUACAUAUGUCAAUUGGCAACAUUAUACAAAAAUCCAAAAUGGCAGUAGAGAUGGCGAAGGAUACUGUAGAUUUAUUUCUUUAUUGGUGAUUUAGUAAAAUAUAGUGACGUGGUAUAAACAAUUUUAGUGUUUUUGGACUGAGUUUUUCAGACUAUAUUUAUUUAUAGCAAGAGUUGGAGCAUAAAUUAUUUAUCUUCAGCACAAAGAGAGCCGUUCGUCGUGCGGCGGAGGCGACGGCUCGGAGGGCUCGGAGGGGCGUACGUCGUGGCGCGUCACGCUGGACCACGACCUCGUGGAGACUCUGAGCGCGAUCUACCCCGAGUGGUUCAAGCCGCAGCACCGGCGGGAGCGCAGCCGCAGCCGCGCCGCCUCGCCCGUCUCGCCCGCCUCGCCGCCGCGCACACCGGCCACACCGCCCUCCGAGGAUACAUUCAGUUCCGGUGCGGAGGAGAUGGCUGGGCGGCCGGCGGGCAGCAGCGGCGCCAGCGAGCCUCCGAGCUCGCCGCGCGUCUCCCCGCCCAAAGUGAUCGUCGACGAUAGCCCGCUGCAGCCAGCCAUGGGCAAGCACAAAGAAUCUUUAAAGGUGAAACUGAUGACGCGACCUCCUCGUAACCAGCUGGUGGCCCAAGGGAUCAUGCCUCCAUUGAAAACGCCUCCUGCAUAUUUUGAACAAUGCAAGCAACUGGAAAGAGCGAAGACCGGAGACUUACUGAAGGCGAAGAUACAAAGGCGGCCAGAUCGACAGGAGUUGGAACGAAGGCAUAUACUGGAGCAGGAGAGUCAUGUCGAUCCGAGCCUAGCCGAAAAACAGCGAAUGCUAAAAAAAGCGCGGCUAGCGGAUCAGUUAAAUGAUCAAUUAUCACACAGGCCGGGCCCAUUGGAACUGAUAAAGAAAAAUAUACUGCAUACAGAGGAAAAUAUCGAAACUGCAGUCAAAAGUGGAACUCUCGCGUUUAAGGCAACCAGUGAGGGUGCAUCAGGUCGACCUCAACACCCUUCAUCGUAUUGCGGGCCUCCAGAUGAAGUCUCCCCAUCACCUUCUCCUCCUUCCACACUCUCACCCCUCAGCGUUCCGUCACCACCACAGCACCCCGCUCCCGGUAAAGAUAAGAAUCGGAAGAAAAAUAAACAAAAACAGCAACCCAAAGCGCGAUUUAAAUUCCAUGAGUAUAAAGGCCCUCCGAACGCGCAGAAGUCGUCAUCGCCGCCCGGCUCCGUGGAGACUCCCUACGAGCUGUUGUUGCAGCAGCAACAGUUGCUCCUGCAGCUCAUGCUGCCCGCCUCGCCCGCGCCCUCCUCCGCCUCCGUGGCUUCCGUGGCCUCCGUAGCGUCCGUGGCGUCGGACUCGUCGGAGGCGCUGGUGUCGCUGGGGUCGCUGGGCGCACACGCCGCACUGCCCGCGCCGCCGCCGCCGCCGCCGCCUCCCGUCACGCCGCUCUCUGCUUCGGCACGUUUCGAAGACAUGAAAGUGUCCGACCUGCGCGCCGAGUGCAAGCGACGCAACCUUCGCGUCUCCGGCCCGAAGCCUCAACUGAUCGACAGGUUGCGACCUUUCCUGUUCGAGAAGCAGGAGGAGGCGCCCAAGUCUCCGGCGUCGAUCGCGUCGGUCACCUCGCCGGACCCGCGCAUCGAGCUCGACCCUCAGGAGGACAUAGUGCAAUCGCAGCGACGCCAGAUAGAGGAACUGGAACGGAAGUUGGAAGCGUCGCGGCAGCAGUUGGAGAUGGUGCGGCGCGAGGCGGCGGGCGCGGCGGCCAGCGACCAGAGCCGGCGCCUGCUGCAGGCGCACCUGUGCGUGACGCAGCUGCGCGCCAAGCUCGACGCGCUGCAGCAGCCGCCGCCGCCCGCGCCCACGCCGCCGCACUACGUGCGCCUCUUCACCGUCACGCCGCCCGCCGCCGCCGGGGACGUGGCGCCGGUGGCCACGCCGCAGAAGCCCGCUAAUUCCGCGUACAUCUUGAAUGGCGUGAAAGUGGUGCCGAUAGCGAUCCUGCCGACGGCGCACUACGAGCCGGAGCGCGUGGCGCCGCCUCCGCCGCCGCCGCCACCGCCGCCGCCCAUGCCGCAGGUGCAACCGGUCACGCCAUUGCACGACCAUGCAGAAGACAGUCAGAUAAUGGACGAUGUUUUGGAAAUCUUAGUCGAGAACGGCGAGUUGCCACCUUCGGCUGUGGGUGAAUCCGUGGUGAGUCCCUCGUUGGACGCCGGGUAUGUGACGGCAGGACCUGACGCAUUUUCGCCGGCCGACGUGUUGUCGGAUGAUGUUCUAGGAGAUGCGCACGUUCGAGACUCUCUUGCUGCUGAUGAACUGCAGCGGGAACUCGACGAUAUCCAAAAUGAGAUCAUGAAUCACGCGGAUCUCCACAACGCCGUUGCAGUUGACAAUCGAUGUGCAGUCGGCGUGGCGUCUUCUGAAAUGAGCGCAGACCUAGGUGUUGAAUUACUAUCUAACGGGGAGUUUCACCCAGAUUUCGGUUCUGACCCUAACACUGGUGACGAGGAUUUCUUUGAGAGCCUUCUUUCCGGAGACGGCGAUCACACAAACGGUAGUAUGUCCCAUACAGCCAUGGACAUCGGGGAAGAGCACGAACCAGAAAGAAUGAGCAUGACUCCACUCACAAAUGGAGACAUCCUGGAUCACACCCGGACCGGUUUCGAUUAUAUGGAAGAUUUGUCGCUUCCAUCUUUCCAGAAUGAAGAUACCCGUCACGAAGUGUUUGACGAACGGCCUUGUGAAUUCGAUCUGAAGGAAUGUGGGAUAGAUUUGGGACCUGCUAUGACGGUGGACAGCGAUGGGUGUGACUACAUGGACACGGACAUAAUCCCGAACAUGUUCGGCCGCGGGCACAUGCUGCAGUGCGACCCGCUGCUGGGCAGCGUGCUGUCGCGCCCGGCGCCGCGGCCCGCGCGCAAGCACUACUCCUGGGACAAGAUAGAGUUCGACGCCACCUGACCCGCGUUCACUGCUUUCACCGGCGGAGUCGCACUCUGACGAUAUUGACAGUGAUCUCUGAACCAUGUCUAUGUCUAUUGAACCUACGGGUCAACGACGCUCAGUUAUUUUACACCAACUUACAUGCACACUGAGAUUUUCAAGUGUUGGGACAACAUUAAAAAUUACAAAAAUUAUAGUUGCGUCGCAACCGAGAGCCACCGAGUGGCGCUUAUAUAAAUUACGCUAGUCUAACACGUGUGACUCGUUCUUCCACAAUAAUGACUUUGGUGUAAUAAGGACUAGAAAUAAAUAAGUAAAACACAAAGUGUUUACAGUAAUAGGAACUAUCGUUUAUAUAAUAAUAUUUGUACUUAAUGUUUGAUACGAGGUGUUUGUGUCGCUAGUUGAUAAUGAUGUUCAGUUUGGUUAUUGUACUAGUGAGUGUCUGUGCACACACUCGCCGCGUGCACACUGAUGUACUUGGCUCACAUAUAAUAAGUCCAUUUUGUUUACUACUUAUAGGCAUAUCUACGUAUGUAUAUAUUGAACAUAAUAAUACUCAACAUAGUUGUGGAUUUCUGCAUUCCGCCCGAUGACUAAAACUUAGGGGAAAUUAUCAUAGGACAAGUUGUUGAAGCACAAUCAAUCUAUGAGUCACCUGGUCAUGUACACAUUUAUCGAUGAUAAUAAUUGAAGUGUUUAAUUUAUUAGAGGUUGAUGUUGUGCCGAUUUAAAUAAAAUCGCUUAUUAUUGUCUCUGUCGCACGGAGAGCUAUUUCCCAAAUCAAUAAGUGACAUUCCAGUCUUGUUGAAGUGCAAAAUGUGGCGCGCAAACUCCUUGACCCUUUAAAUAUCGGCUAAAAACAAUUGUUAUUAAUAGAAUACAGGUUUAUAUUUAUUUGAAUAUGUUAAUGAUGCUGAGGGCAAGGAGCACAUUUCACAAGCCAUCGUCAUGGGUGGGACCAGCUUGGGAACAAUGUUAGAUAUGAAUUCAAUUAGUUAACUUAGGGAGCCGGCUCCUCACACACAGGCAAUUAUGCAACGUCUCGCUUCACAUUGCGCCUGUUUCAACAUUAACGAGUAUAAUAUUACACUCUAUUAUACACUGAAUAAGUAUUUCUUCAGUGUGGAAUGACGGUGACAUUUGACAAAAUUUGCUUUAUCGUAUUAUUUUGAUUCUUCCUAAAAUCACUUUUUAUUAUUAUUAUGAAACAAUAUGACAUUCUAGAAAAUGUAUCAUUCCAAUUUAUAUUAUCUAAAGUGUAGGAUAGGUGCUUAGUAAUCGAUAAGUUGCUGUUUUAAAUGCGUAUGCGUAAUACCGUAUAAAGUGAUUUUUUUUUAUUUUCGCUGUUAAAAUUGUGUAAAGGCGUUGCAUAAUUGUUUGUGUGCAUUAUUUAUAAUUUAUUAUAUACUCCUAAAAGUGUACUUACGGUUUUUUGUUUAGUUGUAUUCAUUGCUAUGUUAUGUGUGAGUGUUUUCACUAAUGUAUAUUGUACAGUGUCACCAUUAUUUAUAUUGCGUUUACCUUUGCUUCACCGGCGGGAGUAUGAUUACAGAGACAUAAAUAUAUUAAUCGAAAAUAUAUUGCCAUUUUUGCAUUUACGUUAUUUUAAUUUUUGAAUACUUGUUGCUACAACGAAUAAUUAAGGCUUUACUUCCUUGCAUGUGCCAAUACUAUAAAACGAGAAUUGUUUAAACGUACUGUAAUAUUAGUGUCAAUAUUGUAUUUGCCGACAUUAUCUUGUAUGAUUAAUGCAAUCUCGAAUAUUGUAACAAAUUAUUAAUAACACUACACUAUGUAAGACCUAUUUGUGCAUGAUUGGUUAUCGUGUGACUGUACUUUACAUUUAUUAUUUUGUACCAUUUUAUGUUCAGAGCAUUGUAUUUCUAUUCUAUAAAUGUAUAUAUAAAGUACAUUCUCAGACAAAAUCUAACAAAAUGAAACAGAAAUCGACAAUCUGCAUAAGAACAUUUAUUUAUUUUGUUGCAAGGACCUUGUUUUAACGGCACUAUGAAAAUUUGCUAUAUAACUAUACUGUUUCACAACAGAGGUCCUUGCGUCUCUUUUUUUAUUCGGCGUAUAAUUAUUAAUUAUUGUUACGUAGAGUUGGUGCUAUUUUAGAAUGAAUUAAUGUAUACAAAUUGAUUAGAACUUGAACUUGUAGCCUGUACUUUUAUUACGUAUGGUGUUAUCAUAUUGUUUUACCAGAAAUAUAAGCACACACAUACACCUGCAAAUUAUCAACAUUAUUAAUUUCUUUUUAGUAUUGGUCCAUUUCGCCCUAUUAACAACAAUUAUGUUUGGUAUACUGUACAUAUGCUCUAAAUAAUUUAACUAGAAUGCCUCCUUACGCGAUACCAUAGGAGUUUAUACUAAACACCAUAGACAAAGUAACUAAGUGCAUAGACACAUGUUUAUAUUUCUGGUAUGGAGCUGGUGAUUGCACUGACGAGGUAUAUAUAUUUUUUUUAGUACUUGGAAGUUAAAUAUUGUUUGAUGCAUAAGAAGAAAUCAUUUUUUUACGAAAUUAUGAUAAUCUGUGCAUAGACGUUUGAAACAGGGCUGAUAGGCAUUAUGUUGUUUACUUUAUUUUUAAGUAAUAUUCCAUUAUCUAAGUAAAUUAUGUAAUACCUUUAUUCUAGGCUUAAAUAUUUAAAGAAAAUCUAUUUGCUCAUUUAUCAAAAUUAUACCCACAUUAGCCAAAUAUUUAACUUACGUGAGAGAAACAACAAACAUGCGUUUAUUUUCUUCGGAGAGUAAAUUAUUAUAAGCUAAAUGGAAUAAUUUGUAAUGUGGGCUUAUUGCGCGAAGGAGACAAGUCGAAUUUUAUUGAAUUGGUAACAAUGACGGUGCCUGCGGUAUGUGGCAUCUCAUCUGAAAAUUGGUCUUAUCCCUUUAUAUAUAAGCCGACGUUACGAUUUACGUUAAGAAUAUUUAUUCGUAAUAUAAUUAUUUAUACUUUAUCACAUUCAUAAACCUUAUUUUAAUUAUACUUGGAUUGGUUAUGUUUCCUAUAUUAACAAAACAUCACCCUCUAAAGUUUGAAAUUAGGACACCUUAUAUAAGGUGUACCUUAAUUUAUAUACAUAUAUAUUUAUUAUAUGUGUUUUGUUUGAUGAAUGUGUCUUACAUAUCUUUUGAAGACAUAAUUUUAAAGGAUAGUAGAGUUUGGGUUACAUUAAUCUGCAAAGAAAUGUUACGGCCUAGAAUGUUAUAUUAGCUUCUUAAUCACACUUUAUUACAUAUUAUAAUUAUUAUGUAGUUAUAAUGAAUUUAACGAGAUACUAAGUCAGUGAGAUUAAUAUUUGAUAUUGUAUUAUCUGCAUAUUUAUUAUGAUUGUUGUAAUUAUUUUAAGAGAAUUUUAAUAUUUGGCACUAGUUUUUAUUCAUAAUAUGGAGUGUCAAAGCGUUGUAUGUCUGGUGCAUUGGUCUCUGCAUGUAAGUUGUAUUGUUGACUGUAAAAUAGUAAAUUGGCUUUUUACAAAUAUACAUAAAAACGCUUUUCUCAUUGAAAUCACAUUCUCUUAUUACAUUAGAACGUCGCGUUAACUCGGCAAUACAUGACUUUAAGUUGUGAUCUGUUGCAGAGCCAAGUAUUCAAUAAAUUUUAUAAUUAAUGUAAUGAUGUGAUAAGAUAACAGGAGUCGGAUUUGUAGUGUAACUGGAUAGUUUUUUUUACCUUGCCCUGUAAUGAAGCCUUGUAAAUAUUUACCAAGCCUUUAUUAGUUUAAGAAAAGAAUGUUAAAUAAAAUGUUUUUGACACAAU